AUGGAAGCGUUAGGCCAUUUAACUCAAGCAGAUAUUAAUAAUGGUGUACUUAAUCGUAUGCUUGCCACUGCAGGAAUCCCUGAUGUUCAAGAACAUGUAAAAGACUUUCAUCAAAAAGUUGAGGGAAUAAUUGUUGAAGAAUUCGAAAGUGCUGAUCCAGAUCAAGAAGAGUAUAAUGAACCAAUAGCUUCACCAUCUGAGAUUCAAAAUUGGGCUAAACAUUUACAACUUCAUCUAGAUGAUCCUGUUAAACCGUCUCUACCAAAGUCUGAAGAACCAGAAAAGCAGCAACGAACUGAUCUUCAUAGUUGGAUGCAAAGGAUGGCACCUAGUGACCAACAGGCACCUGUAGAUAGCACUCCAUCACAAACAAUCAACAGUAGUUCGAGUGAUAGUCCUGCUGUCACGGGUAAUAUCGGAGCUUGGCUUCAUAAUUGGUCGACAAACCUUACUGAACAACCACCACCUAAGUCUCUUGAUGAUUGGUUAAAAGGUUUAGUACCCGAAAAUAUGAGUGAAUCUAUUGGAAAAGAAGCUAGUUCUAAAGGUCGAGUAAAUACUUAUUUAAAUGCUGCUGAGAAAGUUCUUUCUGUAUAUGGUUAUGAUGUUUCGAAUCCAACUAAACCUACCAAUAAUGUUCCAGCUAAAACUGGUAUGCUAGGAAAUGUGAAACAAAUGUAUUUUCUUUGGAAAACGUUAGACAAAAAUAAUGAUCGAAAGAUCACCGUUGAAGAUGUUCAAAUAAUGCUUGCAGAAAUGGGUCUUGGUUUUCUUAGUAAAUAUGUAGCUAAAGCAUUAUUUGACAUGGUCGAUUCAAAUCAUGAUGGUCAACUUCAAUUUCGUGAUUUUAUUGCUUUGAUGAGUAUCAUCACAAAAUUAGUUGCUGCUAUUGGUUCAAAAUAG